CUUAAUCCCCGUUCUACCCUAUCGUCUCUGUUGUCCUUAGCGAUGUCCUGACCUCUUCCAGCAACGAUGGCCCCUCAGCAUGAAUGGCGUGCUAAUCCAGGAUCUGGCGGCAACAGCAAAAUAUUAUCUACGUUCUUUGCAGCGUAUACAAGCUCUCGAUAGCCUCCUCUGCCCUUCGAAUGGAACCUCACCUCGCUGCUCUUGUCACAGGUAUAGACAGUGCCUAAUGGCCGAGCGCUGGACUCUUGGCUCUUCGCGCUUGCCGAACAGAAUGAACCUUGGGCUUAUAAUAAUGGCCCUCCUCGUGGUCAUUGCUUGUGUUGCUUCCAGGCCUGUAUCGGUAGACCUUGAUGAUGCGUGUUGGAAUUACAACAGGUCCGCUGUCUUCAAUAUAUAUUGAGCCGAAAGUCCAGUAACCUCUACGACUUCAUUGAGCGCCCACAGCGGCUCAGUUCUCAACAACCCUACAACGGCGUGUUGCAUUUGGACGACAUGCACGACCCCGCCGCGGUCUUUGAUACACUCCAAAUCCAGCGACGCUGUUUCUGGCGCCGCCUUGUAUACCCGCCACGAUGGACCGUAUAGAGAGGGCGUGAGAGCCACCUCGAAUAAUGGUCUUGC